CAUAUGAGAUGUGCAGUCUAUAAAUAUCAACAUCUCUCACAUCCACACAAACAAGACGAAGAAGUAAAAGUUAUCUCUCUCUCUCUCUCUCUUUUUCUCAGAACUAAAGAGUACAAAAGAUGUCGUCACUCAACAGCUCUUCAUCACCAACAUCAUCCUCAUCGGACCAAUCUGAUGCAACUACUACUACUACAACAAGCAGCACCCACUUGUCUGAAAAGAACACAAGAAAGAGACGAAGAGAUUCUUCUUCUUCAGCUUCUUCUUCAUCUCCUAAGCAUCCUGUGUACAGGGGCGUACGGAUGAGAAGCUGGGGCAAAUGGGUCUCCGAGAUCAGACAACCUCGCAAGAAAACUCGUAUCUGGCUCGGCACUUUCGCCACCGCUGACAUGGCGGCGCGUGCUCACGACGUCGCUGCUCUCACCAUCAAAGGCUCCUCCGCGGUCAUAAAUUUCCCUGAGCUUACUUCUCUCUUCCCUCGUCCGGUGUCUUCUUCUCCGCAGGAUAUUCAGGCAGCCGCCGCUGAAGCAGCCGCCAUGGUGGUCGAAGGAAAAACAUCAGAGACAGAGAUAGAGACAGAGACAGAGACGUCCUCGGAAGCACCGCCGCGGCCGUCGGAGUCUUCCGAGGAGGAGAGGCUAGAGGAGAUCGUGGAGUUGCCCAACAUCGAAGAGGGGAGGUACGACGAAAGCGUGACGUCACGUGAUGAUCUGGCUUACUCUGAGCCGUUGGAUUGUUGGGUGUAUCCUCCGGUUAUGGAUUUUUACGAAGAAAUCUCAGAGUUUAAUUUCGUGGAGUUAUGGAGCUUUCCUCCUCAUACGGAACUGAUUAAUUAAUCACUAAUUACGUUAGUUAAUUAUAUUGCUGUCAUAGAUAAAUUAAUAACCAUUUGUUUUUUUCGUACGGGAUAGGUCGAUACGUAGUACUUGGCUAAGUUGUAACAUAGGCUAAGGGCUUAGUGUUUAUAGUAAACAAUUAUUGUAAAAUAUACCUAUGUAUAUGUGUAAUAUAUAUCAUACAAUCAUCGUUAGUUUGGAAAUUUGUAACUAUCCUCA